AUGUGUGAGUCUUGGUGGCAUUACCGACAAUUCCUAGAAGAGCAACGCAGAGUUUUAGCAGAAGAUUUGGACAUCAAGGCAUUUGAGUAUGGCCUCGAUCAAUUCCCAGCUUUAAAGAGGAUAACCAUCACGCCUGCAGCUCAUGGGACGUUAUUUGCUCCCCUGUACAAAACACCAAUGAUCCGGACAUUGCCAUAUGGCUUGAAUUACAGCAUUCCACGAGGUUGGCCGGUUUCAGGCGGGCCCUAUCUUCCGGCUGAUGAGUGGAUAGAAGAGAACAAAGGGAAAUGGCGAGGAUUCAAGGAGGUAAUCCGCUGUCUGGCAGAACGUAAAGCAGCAGGAGUGAAAGAGCUUGUGUUGGACACCCACCUGUUGCCAACGGGCGUAACUUGCCGCUUUUUUGACCAGCCUAGUUUGGAAUAUGACCAUCUUGUUGAUCUUCUUCAAAGACCUGGGUUCCGCCGCCUUGAUCUUGCUUUGAUGGUCGGCCAACAGGAACCGGGAGACUGGGAGUCUCUUCGAAAUGGACGCUUGCGAAGCGCAUUGGCAGAGGCUGCAGAAUUGGAACAUUUCCAACUGAACACAGAUAUCGGAUAUCCCAGGGCGAGAGAUCCUGGCUCCCACCUUGCCCUCCUCUAUGACAUCUUUCCGAUAGAGCGAUGGCCGAAGCUACGGCAUUUUGGGCUGACAAGAUUUCUUGUUUCGCAGCGUGAUCUUGUUUCUUUCUUAUCAAAACUACCGGCCUCCGUUCGAACCAUUGAGCUGAAUUGUCUACAUUUCAUCUCCGGUGACGAUAGCCACAGAGAUUUGUUGGAGAAUAUGCGCGACUCUCUGGACUGGAAAACGAGAAAUGCUGCUGGGCGCCCAAAAGUGACCAUCAGACUGGACCUUCUAAAGUACCGCCUUCUAGACUUCGGCGAAGUCGGUAGCCGGACUGUCUCGCUUGAAGAAGAGGUUGGUAAAUUUCUGUAUGAUGGAGGGCCCAAUCCAUUCCAUCAAUUGUUCCGCGAUGUAGUACUGCCCGGGCAUGGUGGCGCGCUGCGAGAUGAGUUUCAGCCUGAGCUGGUGCAUCCAUGGGUAGAUCAUGACACCCUCGUGCUCAUGGGGAUCGAGAAGGAAUCUCCUUCUGUUAGAAAUGAGGAUGGCGAAUGA